AUGGCUUUGCGAGCGGCAGAUUGGUGCAGACUGCCAACUAACCUGACAGAACUCUGCAUCAAUACCACACUGCGCUGCGGUCAAUCAUUCAGAUGGCGGAAAUCCGACGAUGAUAUAUGGUCCUGUGCCAUGCAUGGCCGCAUCCUCUCCCUGCGUCAAGAUGCUGAAGCCCUUCAUUACCGCGCCGCCUUCCCCUCCAGACCUGCCUUACCUACUCCUCCUGCAUCUACCACACCAUCAGUCGCUGCCGAUGAUGACGACACUCUCGCCUUCAUAAAUCAUUACUUCAACCUGACGCCCAACCUCGGCCAACUGUACGAACAAUGGGCAGCCGCAGAUGCCAACUUCAAACGUCGAGCGCCGAAGUUCACUGGCAUACGGAUACUGCGACAAGAUGCUUGGGAAGCGCUGAUAGGCUUCAUAUGCAGUAGCAACAACAACAUCAGCCGGAUAUCAGGAAUGGUGCACAAUCUUUGCUUACAUUAUGGGCCGCUGAUAGGACAUGUCGACGACGUGCCUUAUCAUGACUUCCCAACACCAGAAGCUCUCUGUAAGCCAGAAGUGGAAGAACAUCUUAGGAAGCUAGGCUUCGGAUAUCGAGCAAAGUACAUUGCGAAGACGGCACGGAUUGUCGCUGAAGAGAAGGGAGGGCUGGCAUGGCUGGAGGCUUUGAGCAACCCAGAAUACCCACAAUUUGGGGUCGAGUCAAAAUCGGCUGGCGAACUGGUGGAGGGUGGCAGAGAGGGCUAUCGCAAGGCGCACGAAGAGCUACUUGUCCUUCAGGGUGUUGGUCCCAAGGUUGCUGAUUGUGUUUGCCUCUUCGGUCUUGGUUGGCUCGAGUCAGUACCCGUUGAUACACAUGUCUGGCAGAUUGCGCAGCGCGAUUACAAGUUCGGCAAAGGCAAGCACAGCAGUCUGACUGCAGCGACGUACGUCGCAAUUGGCAAUCUCUUCCGCAAACUAUGGGGCAAGGAGGCUGGUUGGGCGCAUUCGGUCCUGUUCACAGCGGAUCUCAAGGCGUUUUCCGAGAGGACAAUUGCCAAGACGGAAAUUAAGGAAGAAGAGACGGUUGUCAAGAAAGAGGAUAAUGACGUUGUGACUGAUGCUGUUGUUAAGCAAGAGACUGUCAAACGUAAGCGCAUAAAGAAGGAACCAGAGGAGAACGAGCAUCAGAUUCUUGAAGUUGAGGAGCGGAUCACACGACGGAGCAAAAGGCAGAGAGGUUAGAGGGUAGAAUGCCUCAACACAUCACUGUCAGCCAGCAAGCACACGAGCCCGUCCGGGAAUAUAAAGAUUCCGGCGCUAAACCAGAAUGGUUGCUCGCUGCUACUGCCUAAGUACUGCGUGUAAGAGGUCUCUUCUUC